CAAGUCAAACAGUCGUGCCUGCUGAUGGACUCAGAUGAAACCAGGAGGGGGGAAGCUAAGCUUUUGCGUUAAUAGCCUACGCUGUCCCAUUACAAUUUUCCGGCUCCGAACGCGGAUGGCAAUUAUUUUAAUCUGACUUUUUGACUUUAUUUACUUUUGUUUUACGGAGAAUUCUGAAUUCUAGUUUACAACCAGCAUACGAUUUGAUUCCAGUAGGCACAAUAACAUUGUUCUCAUUUCCACACAAUUUAAAACAGCCUACCGACUUCCAUUUCGCAGAAUUGCAUCUUUUUCCAGCUCGCGCAGGAGUAAAGGCGUUUUAAUAUCGCCUUGGCAACCGGGGAUCUCUGAGGUAUUUACCGUCGCUCAACAAUAUCUUAAAGCAGUAUAAAAUACUGUUUUCUUGUCAGAGCACUGGUUUCAUCGUUAUCUGAAACAAGCGGAAAUAUUAAUGCGUGGAAGAAGACAGUUCGUUUUCCCUCGUCAAAAUGCCAGUGAGACGGGGUCAUGUAGCGCCCCAGAACACUUACCUGGAUGCAAUUAUCAGAAAAUUCGACGGCCAAAACCGCAAGUUCCUGAUCGCCAACGCACAGAUGAAGAACUGCGGCAUCAUUUACUGCAAUGAAGGUUUCUGCCAAAUGUUCGGCUUCUCACGGGCUGAGAUCAUGCAGCAGCCCUGCACCUGUCAGUUCCUGGUGGGACCGGGCACCUUGAAGGGGGCCCUGGCACAGGUGGCCCAGGCAUUGCUGGGCUCUGAGGAGAGUAAAGUAGAGAUCCUCUACUACGCCAAGGAAGGGACCUGCCUGCCCUGCCGGGUACACGUGGUUCCGGUGAAGAACGAGGACGGUGCCGUCAUCAUGUUCAUCCUCAACUUUGAGGAGCUACUGGACGUCUCGCACAAAAAGGGCGGGUUCAGGCAAAGGCUAGCCCAGGGCUGGAUCAGAGCAGGUCAGAGCAGGGGAGUGAGGCUGAAGCUGCCCUCCUUGCAUGCCAUUGCCCUGCGUCAGCCCUCCAUCUCCAAGGACCAGUUCGAGGGUGUGGUGGUAGAGCACUUGCAGCCCAGUAAUGACCAGGUGCCCCUGAAGGACUUUCACAUCCCAUCCAAUGAGAGCUGCAUGCAGUCUGAGACCGAGGCCCUGAUCGAGCAGGGCCAGUCCUCACACCCCACAGGGCAGUCCUCCCCGAAAUGGCACCCCAAGCGCCUGGAGCCUGACCGCCCCCUCCCUGCGGACGGCCUGCCCUGGAGUCGGUCCCGGGACAGCCUGCGGACCAUCCGCCGCGCCUCCUCGCUCGACGACAUCGACAGCAUGCGGACGGGCUGGUGUGGCCGGGGCGGGGUCCCGCGCCGGAACAGCAGUGAGUCUGUCUGCGCUCGCGUCUUUGGCUUCAUGACUGCCCACUCUACGGUGGCCCUGAAAGACCUGAAGCACAACCUGCUGAACUCCACCUCCGACUCCGACCUGAUGAAGUACCGCGCCAUCAGCCGCAUCCCGCAAAUCACGCUCACGUUCGGAUCCGACCGCCUACGACCGCCCUCGCCCGCCGAGAUCGAGAUCAUCGCUCCCAGCAAGGUCAAGGACCGCACGCAGAACGUUACGGAGAAGGUGACCCAGGUGCUGUCCCUGGGAGCGGACGUGCUGCCAGAAUACAAGCUGCAGGCCCCGCGCAUUCACAAGUGGACCAUCCUGCACUACAGCCCGUUCAAAGCGGUGUGGGACUGGAUCAUCCUGCUGCUGGUCCUGUACACGGCCGUGUUCACACCCUACUCGGCCGCCUUCCUGCUCAACGAGCAGGAGGACGAGCGGCGGCGCACCUGCGGCUACACCUGCAACCCGCUCAACGUGGUGGACCUGGUGGUGGACAUCAUGUUCAUCAUCGACAUCCUCAUCAACUUCCGCACCACCUACGUCAACCACAACGACGAGGUGGUCAGCCACCCCGGCCGCAUCGCCGUGCAUUAUUUCAAGGGCUGGUUCCUCAUCGACAUCGUGGCCGCCAUCCCCUUCGACCUGCUCAUCUUCCGCUCUGGCUCCGAGGAGCCUCAGACAACCACCCUGAUUGGCCUGCUGAAAACCGCUCGGCUGCUGCGAUUGGUGCGCGUGGCGCGGAAGCUCGACCGCUACUCCGAAUACGGGGCGGCGGUGCUCUUCCUGCUCAUGUGCACCUUCGCGCUCAUCGCCCACUGGCUGGCCUGCAUCUGGUACGCCAUCGGCAACGUGGAGAGGGCUUACAUGAAGAUCGGCUGGCUGGACAACCUGGCUGACCAGAUCGGCAAGCGCUACAACGACAGCGACUCCGGCUCCGGCCCCUCCAUCAAGGACAAGUAUGUGACGGCCCUCUACUUCACCUUCAGCAGCCUGACCAGCGUGGGCUUCGGAAACGUCUCGCCCAACACCAACUCUGAGAAGAUCUUCUCCAUCUGCGUCAUGCUCAUCGGCUCGCUGAUGUAUGCCAGCAUCUUCGGGAACGUGUCCGCCAUCAUUCAGCGGCUGUACUCCGGCACGGCGCGCUACCACACCCAGAUGCUCCGGGUCAAGGAGUUCAUCCGCUUCCACCAGAUCCCCGGGGGCCUGCGUCAGCGUCUGGAGGAGUACUUCCAGCACGCCUGGUCCUACACCAAUGGCAUCGACAUGAACGCUGUGCUGAAAGGAUUUCCGGAGUGCUUGCAAGCGGACAUCUGCCUGCACCUGAACCGCAGUCUGCUGCAGAACUGCAAGGCCUUCCACGGGGCCAGCAAGGGCUGCCUGCGUGCCCUGGCCAUGCGCUUCAAGACCACCCACGCCCCGCCUGGCGACACCCUGGUGCACUACGGCGACGUGCUCACCGCCCUGUACUUCAUCUCCCGCGGCUCCAUCGAGAUCCUGCGGGAGGAUGUGGUGGUGGCCAUAUUGGGUAAGAAUGACAUCUUUGGGGAGCCCAUCAGUCUGUACGCACGACCGGGCAAGUCCAACGCAGACGUGCGGGCGCUGACCUACUGCGACCUUCACAAGAUCCACAGAGACGACCUGCUGGAGGUGCUGGACAUGUAUCCAGACUUCUCCGACAACUUCUGGAUCAAUCUGGAGAUCACUUUCAACCUGCGAGAUGUAGAUGGAGUCUUCCAGGCACUGCGCAGUGAAGGCUCUGAAUGUGGUCACCGCCGGCCGAGGAGAAAGAGAGACUCCAUGCACCGCCGCAACCGGCCAGAUGGGAUGGAUCGGGAAGAGUCCUGUCCAAACCAGCCUUGCCCUACUAUGGGAAACCACCAGGGGGCAGCACCUGGUCCACAGUGGGAUGAGCUCUGCAGCACUGGCAGCUCCUGCACCCAGUCCAGCGAGGAAGAAAUGAAGCCCCUCAGCCACAGCCCCUCUGAGCUGUACCCACCUGGAGGUGACAGCUUUGACUAUCCCCGAGCCAUGGUCAGCCUCCUUCCCCCGAGCACCGUGCCAGCAGGCAUGGGGGGUCCCAUGGAGCGACACAGCUCCUAUACAGCGGCCGCUCUGAACAUGCCCAGUGUGUACCGCUUCUCGCCCGACCGCCGGGCCAGUCAGAUCUCAGUCAGCACUCGCCGCUCCUCCUCGGUCCGAGCCACCUAUCACCCGCCGCCCUGCGCAGAGGACCGCCCCCGAGAGCUGGAGUCCCGCCUCGAGCUGCUCCAAUCACAGCUCAACAGGCUGGAGACCAGGAUGGUGGCCGACAUCAACAUGAUCCUGCAGCUCCUGCAGAGACAGGUGGCCCCAGUGCCCCCGGCAUACAGUGCCGUGUCCCCCAGGUCCCGCAGGGGCCACUCCACACACCUCCCCAGCACGCAGGCCCCCGCCACACCGGUGCGGACACAAGGCCAGACCUCACCCCCACAGAACGUAGACGGUCCUCAUCCUGUCACGCUGAACAUGGAGUCCUGGCACCCUCUAUUCAGCGGCGACAACAUCGCAUCCCCUUUGCCCGAGACGGAGACCGCCGCGUUCUGCCUGAGCCCGUCCCGGGUCCACGUCCCUGCGGGCGGGGCGGGACUCUGCAGCCUGCGCUCCCCCUCGCUUCCCGAAAACCUGGAGACGCCCGCGGGGGGCGCUGAUAUAAGGAGACACAUCUCGGACCCUAUUCUGCCCGGCAGUUAGGGCCCCACUCCUCACUCACACGUUAGGGCAGAAGCACAGCCACCCAGCCGGCCACUGGCUACCCAUCAACCACCUCCAUGCCCUCCUCCCCUCUCCACCACACACCCUGUGGCCUUCUGCAGAACCUCUACACGGAGAACGCCAGGGUACCUCUGGCUUCUCCUGAUGCAACGGGGCUCAAUGCCGAACAACAUACGGGGGCUUAGGACCUUUCUCUUAGCCCCGUCCCUGUUGGCUACCGGACAAGAACAUAUAAGCACAACCCAACUCCUGUCGCCACCCGUGGCAUUAAAACAGUUAGCCGGCUGUGUACUUCUUUACAGAUAUUGCGUUUUUUGUGACAAAGCACUUUCUCAAAGAAGAUUUGAGUCGUGAGUCAUGAAAAACGAGGACAAAGUGCGACACAUGGGCAUUUUGAUAAACAGUGGGUUGACUGUUAGACUGUGGCUGUUCACAGGCUCCCUGCUGGAGAAGUCACUGUAGUUUGGGCUGUGACAGGGCAGAGAUCAGGGGUUGCAUACAGGGGUGGAUGGU